AUGUUUAUGCUCAAGAGCCUCUUUGGCAAGAUCUGGGGCGACUCCAACAACCACGAACUCAUCCAGAUUCCCGCAGGUGGCCUCUACCUAGUUCGUCCCAAUGGCCCGCAAGGAUUGCGCGAAUGCAUCUAUGAGGAUGCUGUUCUCUCCAUCCGUAGAACCACGACCGAACAUCACUAUCAGCUCGUAGUCACAAAGGCUUUCCAGGACUCACAGGCCGAGCUCACCGACGACGAUGACCUGGAGGAUGAACGAGCAUACCUCAUCGAUCAAUCGCUUGACUUUCGCCUCUCAACUCGUGGCAAAGAGCGCACCAUCGCAUGGAGAGACUUUGAAGGCGACGACGAUGAUUUGCUCGAGUUCGUCAUUGACAGCAAGCAAGUCAAUGAGGUUACCAUCACCAUUUUCGAAAUCACCUAUCUUCAGUGCGUCUAUGAGCACGCUUUCCGCACCAGCCAUGAACGUGCCACCGAGGAGGAUCUGGACCAGCUGAGAUACAAGGACGAGGCGGAUCAGAAACUUAGGCGUGAAAACAAAAGGCAGCUUGACAAGAAGCUCCAAGAUGCAGGUAUCGGCUCGACAUCCACUUCCGCUUCCGCAACCACGACCACCAUUGCUACUGUUGUAAAAGCCGAGCAAGACGCUAAACCAGCUCCAGCGAUACCAGCAACGAUCGCUCCCGUCGCCGAUACUGCAGGACCGCAGAUCGACCAAGACACUACCGUCUUUUCAGCCAUCGCCGAUCUAUACCUUUACGACCUCAAGUCGCAAUACUUUCUCGUGCAAGAGCGCAAAGUCGACGUCAGGGUUCUCGAGGCUGGUCGUUUUCUAUUCUGGCUUUCCAUCCGCGGUGCCGACAAGGUCUGGCUCGCACAAAAGGUGGAGACUGACAUGAACAUGAACUUUUCCCCAGAACAAACCUCGGCCGUCUGGAACUACUUCACCGACGACCGUCAGUGCUUCUCGUGGCUACUAAGGUUCGAGGACAAGGAAGCAUACUCGCACUUUCACAAGGGCUUCUCCCAAGUCAUGUACGAGACGCAGAACGAGGAAUCCUGGGCAAAGGCCAAGAACGAUGAGCGUGCGUACGCCGAGACAGCUUUCGAAGCUGGUGAGCCCAUGGACGUCGACGACAUCAGCGAGAGCGAGGAUGGCAACGAAUCAGUUCGCACUGCUAGAGAGGAGGAGGACGAGCGAUAUGACGACGAUGAAGACGAAGUGGCAGCCGCACUCCAGGGCGGGCGAGCACGCUCUGACGAAUCUUCGUGGCCCGAAGACUCGACUUCGCUUUUGGCUGGUCAACAGGACGUUAACUCGUUGCUUGCCGUUGGCUACAAAUUUGACCGUUCUUUUGUUGCACGAGGCGACAAGAUUGGCGUCUUCCGUCACACGGACGACAACAAGCUGGAGCACGACACUACCAUCAACAAUGUCGGCACGCCCAGCGGCAAGGGUUUCCGGCCGCUCAAGAUGAUGCUGCAUAACCAGGACGCGCAGAUGGUGUUGAUGGACCCGUCCAACAAAAACGCCGUAUACAAUAUGGAUCUCGAGUACGGCAAAAUCGUCGAAGAGUGGAAGGUGCACGACGAUGUUCAGGUCAACAAUGUAGUCGCUAAUAGCAAGUAUGCGCAGAUGACGGCCGAAAAAACCAUGAUUGGCCACAGCCACAACGGCAUCUAUCGUAUCGACCCGCGUCUCUCUGGUAACAAGCUGGUCGACUCAGAGUUCAAGCAGUAUGCGUCCAAGAACGACUUCUCCGUCGCAGCAACCGACAGCAAGGGCCGAUUGGCGGUCGCCUCGAACAAGGGCGACAUUCGACUCUUUGACUCGAUCGGCAAAAAUGCAAAGACGGCACUGCCAGCACUUGGAGACCCGAUCCUGGGCAUUGACGUGUCUGCAGACGGGCGUUACAUCAUUGCCACAUGCAAGACGUACCUGCUUCUCAUUGACACGCUCAUCGGCUCGGGUCGAUACCAAGGCCAGCUCGGUUUCGACCGCUCCUUUCCCGCCGAUGCGAAACCGCAACCGAAGCGACUUACGCUCAAACCAUCGCACGUGGCAUACAUGGGUUCGGCCAUCUCGUUCUCGCCAGCGCGCUUCAACACGGGUUCGGACCAGGAGACGUCGAUCGUCACCAGUACCGGCGCUUAUGUCGUCAGCUGGUCGUUCAAAGACGUCAAGAAGGGCAAUCUUGGGUCGUACGUGCUCAAGCGAUACGGAGGCGAGGUUAUUUCGGACGAACACGCGUACGGCUCGGACCAGGCGAUCGUGGUUGCGUUUGAACAUGAUGUACAGAUGGCAAAGAGAAGUCAACUGCUCAAGCCUACACGUAAGUCGCUAGCUCCGACAGGGUUCGGCCGCUGA